UCUUCCUCGCUGCUGCAACAAGCAAUCCAAUCCACAUUAGCUUCUAUCUACGCGUUGAGUUCUUCCCCACGUCAAGCAGAGCACCAAAAUCCAAUCCAGGUAGCAAAGGAGCUUGAGUGGGUGGUGCAAUGGAACUCCAAGAGAGCUUCGAUGUUGAGCCUUUGUUUUCCACCCCCACCGACACCGACUGGGGGAUCCCGAUGUCCCCUCUUCCUCUUCCUCUUCCUCUUCCUGUCCCACCCAGCAGCAGCCAUAUGAUUAUGAACAAGAGAGAUGUGGGUGUGGCUCAAUCAUCGGCCCAAGCAGUAGCAGGGAAGAAACUAGAACAAGAAUUCGAGCUCCCUGCUGACUUCAUUUCCACCCCCACCGAUGUGGAGCUUGUGCAGGAGUACCUCCUCCCAGCUAUCCAAGGCAUGCCGGAGGGACCCACCCUUUAUGAUUUGUACUAUGGUCCCGCGGUUGUUAAGGCUGAGCUCCCUUUCAUGGACCCGUGGCAACUUCCUGGGAUUUGCGUACACCAAAUGGGUUUUGGAAAAAACAGACAAGCGACAGGGUGAUCAGGGCGGGACACAACGGGGUUGUCGGGGUCAAGAGGACCAUCAAGUUUCACCCUUCCCCGCCCACGUCCACGGGAGAUGAUGCAUUGCCGUUGUCGGGCACCAACACCAACUGGAUCAUGAACGUCUACUAUUAUUGUCUCCACGGAUCUGUCCAGCAUGGUUUAGUCCUGUGCCAUGUAUUCGAGACAGACUCAACCGACUACGACGACACUCCCAAAUGCAUCAGCGUCGGAUGCCAUCCAGGAUCUUGCAAUGGAAACCACAGUGGUCAAGCAUUCGGAGCUCCAAGCAGCAACGCUUUAUCCAAUUCAACACAUCCAGGAUUAAACUCUUACAUUGCAGAACUUGGGAACCUCUUGCUCGGUGACCCUGGUGACCAUGACAACUCCGCAGAUACUGCAAACUCUAGUGCAACAGCAGGCGCACCUCCAAAAGCUGACCAUGGGCUCUCGAAAAAGCGCAAGAAGAGCUCGGAUGUUUGGGAUUACUUCACCAAGAUAUUUGCACGCGACAUCAACGGGAAGGUGCUGACAUUCGCGGCGUGCAACCACUGCUGCAAGAUACUAACAGGCAGUUCCAAGGGUGGCACCACACACCUCGCAAGGCACGCGUGCCCGUGCAAGCUCAAACCAGUAGAAGCUGGCAGAAAUGCCAAGGAUUCCUAAGUUCUUGGUCGGCUCAUUUCUUUAAUUAGGAAUGCUUUUAGUAUUAUAUAAGUUGAGGGUACUACUAAAAUUUGAAGGCUAGCUACGGAAAUAAGAUGGCUCAGCGGCUGCUC